AUGGGGUUUCAUAAUCGAGAAAGCUCCUCCUAUUCAUGUUCCUUAGGAGAAAACACACCUCUUCUUUCCAAGGCACCCCCACUUUCUUCAAAAUUCAAGACCUUUGCCAACAUCUUCAUAUCCAUUGUAGGUGCUGGUGUCCUUGGCCUCCCUUAUAGCUUCAAGAAAACAGGUUGGGUCAUGGGGUUGCUCAUGCUCUUCACGGUUGCAUUCCUCACUUAUUACUGCAUGAUGCUCCUUGUCCACACUCGUCGCAAGCUUGAAUCCUUCAUGGGGUUUGGCAAAAUUAAUUCUUUUGGCGAUUUGGGAUAUGCCAUUUGUGGCCCUGUUGGUAAAUUCUCCGUUGAUGCUAUGAUCGUGCUUUCUCAAUGUGGUUUCUGUGUCAGCUACCUUAUUUUCAUUUCUACUACUUUGGCAUAUCUUGUUAGUGACACGAGUUCAGCAUUGGUUUUGGGUUUGUCGCCAAAGGUCUUGUUUCUUUGGGGUUGCUUUCCUAUUCAAUUGGGAUUGAAUGCAAUUCCAACUUUGACCCAUUUGGCUCCUUUGAGCAUAUUUGCUGAUGCGGUUGACAUAGCAGCUAAGGUUGCGGUAAUGGCUGAGGAUGUGUCUGUCUUUUUGAAGAACAGGCCUCCUUUGAAGACUUUUGGGGGUUUGUCUGUGUUUUUCUAUGGUAUAGGUGUGGCUGUGUAUGCGUUUGAAGGAAUAGGAAUGGUUUUGCCAUUAGAAUCUGAAGCUAAGGAUAAGGACAAAUUUGGUGGGGUUUUGGGCUUGGGGAUGAUGCUCAUUUCUCUGUUGUAUGGUGCAUUUGGUGCUUUGGGAUACUUUGCUUUUGGUGAAGAAACUCAAGGGAUUAUCACUACCAAUCUAGGACAAGGAAUGAUAAGUGUUCUGGUGCAAUUGGGUCUUUGUAUCAACCUGCUCUCUACUUUUCCUUUGAUGAUGAAUCCUGUUUAUGAGGUGGUUGAGAGACGGUUAUGUAACUAUAAGUACUGCUUGUGGCUGAGGUGGUUGUUGGUUUUGGGAGUAAGCUUGGUAGCACUUUUUGUGCCUAAUUUUGCAGAUUUUUUGUCACUGGUUGGUAGUAGCAUAUGUGUUAUUCUUAGCUUUGUAUUUCCUGCUAUGUUUCACUAUUUGGUGUUCAAAGAGGAGUUGGGUUGGAGCUGUAUGGUAUGGGAUGGGGCAAUUGUGGUGUUUGGGUUUGUUAUUGUAGUUACAGGAACCUGGUCUUCCCUAAGGGAUAUUCUUGAGGCUUGA